UUCGUGAGUAAAAAGUAGUACGUUGUGGCAGACUUACACUGCAUCUCCUCCAUUGAAGGCCUGUAUGCAAGCGGUCUUCAGAAGCUUAUAAAGGUACUCGAAUGUAUCUUUUUUUAAUUAUUGUAUACUCUUCUUAUUUAUUAUUUUUAUAUUGUAAUGCACUGAUUAGUUAUGAACCAGCUGUGUGCGAAAAUACCCUCUCGGUCUUUUCAGGCAUUUUUCAUGAAGAACCUGACCAAUCUCCCUCUUCUGAAUAUGUACAAGAAGAUAUAAGCUCCGACGAAAUAUCGGAAACUUUAAAAUAUUUUGAGACAACCGAUGUGCCAGCUCAAUAUAAUGUUGCUGAAACUUCAACUCCUUCCAUUGAAAGAGAAUUAUAUGACAAAACUGCUUCCACGCAAAAUAUAACAAAUAUUUCGGGAACCUCUUCAGCCAGGAGCGACAUUAGAUCUACGAGCUUGGAACGAUCCAUUCCUCAAGCCUCCAUUAAUACCGCUAUUCCAAAUGAAGUUAACAGCAGAAGUACGGAUGAGAAUACCGCUAUUCCUCGUUCCCAAACUUCUUUCGGAACAAGUACUUCUUUUAAAGAAGGUUUUUCUCCUGAAACCGAAUCUGCAGCUCAUGUAACAACAUCAGAAGAAAAACGGUUUAAUUUUGCUUCCACUGACUGCGCCGCCGCUGUUUUGAAAACUAAUGUUGAAGCCGAAGGUGCUUCGUCUAUCCUGACUGAAAACAAGGAUAAAUAUAUGUUAAAUAAGUGUUCGGCCACAAAGAAAUUUGUCAUUAUAGAAUUAUGUGAGGAUAUCUAUGUUGAUACAGUUCAGAUUGCUAAUUUUGAGUUUUUCUCAAGCAUUUUUCGAACAGUUCGUAUUAGUGUUAGUGGAAAGUACCCCAAACAAGAAUCUUCAUGGAUGGAGCUUGGCACUUUCACUGCAAUGAACUUACGAACCUUGCAGUCUUUUCAUAUAGAAAACCCUUUAAUUUGGGCUAAGUAUAUGAAGAUCGAGAUCUUAAGUCAUUACGGUUCUGAAUUUUACUGCCCACUGAGUUUGGUUCAUGUAUUCGGUAAAACCAUGAUUGAAGAAUUUGAGGAAGAAAAUGAAGAAGGAUAUUCCAAUGACUAUGAUCUUUCACAAAAUGACCAAGCCGACGUAAUAAAUUCCAACACGAGAAACAACAGCCAGUUUAUACCACCUGAACAGACUACUGCGAUGUUAAACACUGUGGAAAAUAAAAGUGAGUCUCCGAGCUCCAUCUUAAAUAGCGCCUCUUCAAGUCCAACGGCAACAAAAAGCAGCGAGAUAAAAGAAAAGCAAAGCAUUGUUAAUAACAACAAAGAACGUGUUAGCAAUCCUUUGUUUUCUUCAGUUGUCGCAAGUAAUAUGAGCUCUUCUUCUGCAGCAGGAUCACCCCCUUUUCCUACGACGACCCAUCAUUUGAAUCAAGAAAGUAUUUAUAAAAAUAUUAAUAAACGCCUUUCCACUUUAGAAGAAAGAAAGAAGUUAUUUGACGAAGCUAUUCAAAAACUAUUGGCAUCGUUUGGGAAACACGAAACGAAACAAUUAAACCUUUCUGAUUUACUUAACGAAAUAAUCGUGUCUCAUAAGGAAGAAUUUGAUCAGAUGCGAUAUCAAUACCAGAGACUUCAGUCUUCGUUUUAUAUACUACAAGCUCGAUUGGAGUUGGCUUCUGCUGAAAAUGAGUUUGUUCAAAGAAGAAUUCAGUCGCUGAGUGACGAUUCAUCUUUUCAAAAAAGAUUAUUGGUACUCCAGUUGACUCUUUUAAUCGUGUUAGUGGUAUAUAUUGCAGUAUCCUACUUCCCUGUUGGCAAUGACAACGUUCUAUUGCAACCAUCUUCUGCUUCUAAAGCAUUUGACUAUAAUGAUGGUUAUCAAGAAGUAACUAACUCAAAUGAUUCUGAAAACGGUCCACGACUUUCUCCUCUUUCUAACUCAAUGCCAUCUAAGAAAUCAUCUUUGGUAUACAAAGUGACCGAAAAAUCAGACGAUGAUCAAUCACCUCGCCCUGGUAAUCUCCCUGUUUCUCAAAUGAAAAAUCCGGGCAUGAAAAGACUUCUUCAUUCACGAAGCUAUUCUGUUUAUUAAUUUAUUAAUUAUUUCUUAUAAAGGAAAUCAUUUUAAUUUUAGAAUGCAUUAAUCAAUCGCUAUAAUAUUAAUAAAAACUGCGUCUAAAGACAAGCUGGUUGUGAAUUGUUACUUUACUGAUAUUGAUAUACAACUUGGGUUUCACAUCUCU